AUGACAAAUAUGAGAACUGUUAUCGCUACUCAGUCAAGCGAUACUUUAGAUACUAUCAACUGUGACUCAGAUUCUAGACAUAAAUCUAAUAGUAGAAGUAACAAUUUCUCUCGUUUUAAUAAUACUGACAGCGUAAGAUUAGGAAGUAGCUAUGACUUUAAUAAUGAUGAUAUUAAAUCUCUUGAUAUGAAAGGUAAAAAUAGACAAAUGGAUAAUACUAUGCAAACAAAAAUAGGUGAGGAAAAAGUCAUAGAAAAAGUCAUUGUAGGCAAUCAUGCUGACUUUCUUACUAUGAUAGUUUCUCUUCUAGUUCAGAAUCUAGUGAUAGUUUUUCUGAAAGUAGAGAUGAAAUAG